UAAUAAUUGACGGGAAAUUGGGAGGGAGAGUUUCAUCCUCUUUUCCCUUUGCUUUGAGAAUCAUUGUCCCUUCCUUUCCCUGACAGGAAAUUUCCUUCCCAAAUCCCAAUACCCUGAUUCAGCGAAACAAACACAGCCUUAAAGACGAAGACUUAUGUUUGAAAUCCUCUCACUUUUUGGGGGCAAAAGUAAUCAAACGUUUCAUACAGACAGAACCCACCACAUACUGGUGUAGAAAAACCAAGGCAGCAAAAGAACUAAAAUUUCCCUUCUUUCUUUCUUUCUCUUCCAGAAGCAUCAUUGUCUACCCUCGCUCACAAUCAAAGCGGCCAUGGCUAGGGCUCCAAGCAAGCACGGUGGCGACCAACCUCUGGAUUUCCGGGGGUUUUUGAGUGACUUGCAGGACCGGAAGCUUUCACGCAAGGACAAGGAUAAAAAAAUGAGGCCACAACAACCCAACAAGGAUAUUCCGAAAUCAGGAGAUUUUGGAACUAGUUUCGGUUCUGAAGAUAGUCUUCCAGAUGCUGCUUCGGAAAAGGACUUGGGUAAUGAGUAUUUUAAGCAGAAGAAGUUUAAGGAAGCUAUUGACUGCUAUUCAAGAAGCAUUGCCUUAUCUCCAACUGCUGUAGCUUUUGCAAAUAGGGCAAUGUCAUAUAUCAAAAUCAAACGAUUCCAGGAAGCGGAGAAUGACUGUACGGAGGCCUUGAAUUUGGAUGAUCGCUAUAUAAAAGCAUACUCACGACGUGCAACAGCUAGAAAAGAACUGGGAAAACUUAAAGCAUCUAUUGAGGAUGCAGAGUUUGCUCUGAGGUUGGAGCCACACAACCAAGAAAUCAAGAAACAGUAUGCUGAGGCCAAAUCUUUGUAUGAGAAAAGAAUUCUUCAGAAAAUUUCUGAACAAGAAAAGCAGAACGUGGGAAAGUUGGAUACCAAAGUGAAUGGACACAUCAUCCAGCCUGUAUCUAGUAGUACUCAAAGGAAACAAAUGACUGCAGUUGAGGAUCACACUAAGAAGAUUAACAAAAGUGGGAAGCAAGCAUGGAAGGUAUCGGUACAAGAGCUUGCUUCUAGAGCUGCUUCACGAGCCAAUGUUCUAGCUGCACAAAACAUCACACGACCAACUACAGCAUAUCAAUUUGAGGCUUCUUGGAGAGGACUCUCUGGAGAUCGUGCUCUUCAGGCUAAAUUGUUGAAGGCUAUAUAUCCCAGAGAACUGCCGUAUAUAUUCAAAAAUGCUUUGACUGUUCACAUACUAGUUGAUAUCAUCAAGUGUGUGACAACCUUUUUUAUUGAUGAAAUGGCUUUAACAGUCAGUUUUUUGGAGAACUUAACUAAAGUUCCUAGAUUUGACACACUCAUCAUGUUUCUUUCUUCCAAGGACAAGGAUGAUCUUGCUAAGACAUGGGAUGAAGUGUUCUACUAUGAGGUGAUCCCCAUUGAGUUUGCUGAAAAGCUUGAUAACCUGCGUACAAAGUACUGCCUUAAGUGAUGAUGAAAUGCAUUGUAAACCAGUUAACUCGAGCCAUCAAGUUUUUGCCUUCACUCUACCUGUAUUGUAAAUUGAAUUGGUGAGAUUUAGUAAUGCUCCAGCAGGAGGUCUCUUUUAUGGUUGUAAGUCUGCCAAAUUCAACAAAGAUGUA